AUACGUUGUACCUAAGUGUUUGUACGUUUCUUAGUGUCUGUGUCCGAGGUCAUCUAAGAUCAUCACGUGUAUUCUAUUCUGUUAAGUUGAUGAAUGUUCGAAAUUACGUUUGUUGAAGUUUAAAUUCGUCAUUUCCGGUUUGUUUUUCAGAUCAUUUCUUUUGGGACAGACGGAUAAAUGCAGACUACCAUCGUCGUCCGUAAGAAGAGGACUCAUCGAGAUAGCGGACAAGCGUCAAAUAAUAAUUAUUUUCCCGACCAUCCACAAGACUGUUGGCCUAGUGACGAAGAAGACAUAAGAUCAGGAAAUUGUUCCUUCCACGUCGAUUAUUUGGGACGCGUUGAGCUAGAUGCCUCCGAGACGAGGAAUCCGAAAGCUUGUCGUGAUUCUUUUGAAAAACUACACGAGGAAUACACCAGAGGAGAAUUGCACCCCCCCUCAGCUGUUUUAUGGAUAACCGGAUACGAACUGAGGGUUGUCGAGAAGGAAUCUAAGGACUUGAUAUUGGCCCAAAUCAUUGAAAACGUAUAUUUUUGCUCGUCGACAGUCGAACGUUCAAAGCAGUUUUUUUACACAUCAAAAGAUGUACAUUGCGAUAGGUGGUGGUGUCAUUUAUUUAUCGCCAAAAACGAUUGUUCGGGUGAUCGUUUGUGUCGUGCGGUAGGAAUCGCGUUCAGAGAAUGUCUCAGAAGGAAAAUUUUGCGUCAAGGGCGAUCUGCCGUUAGCCACAUGAACAGAUGUAUAGGUUAAAUGUGUUAUUGUUGUUUAUACGAUUUCAAAUAUAAAUAAAAAGUUGACUUUGGAA